UUUGGUCGAAUUUUGCGUUCUUAGCCGAUUUUCAAAUAUUGGCCGGGUUUGAUAUAUUUUGAAUUUUUUGUGGUUGGUUUUCCGUAUCUAUUGCAUUGGAUAUAAACAAAUACUAAUAUUCUCAUCUUAUACCCCCUUUAAAAGUAACUGUGUGUUGUACACCUUAAGAGUACAUUACCAUGCUCUUACUACUCACAAGAGAGAGAAAGAGAAGAGAGCUUUGUUUACCACAUGGCCGUUAUAAUUUUAAGUAUAUCCUUUAAAACACAUACCAAUUAGAGUUCGUGGUGGACAGGAGAAAAGGCGGACAAAACUGAAACACAUGUUUGCCUUCCAUUUUCUCUCUCCGCCUCCCUCUCUCUCUCUCUCUUUGUAUGUGAAUACUACCUCCCUUAACAAUUAUGAAUUGACACAUCUGGUGCAGGCGCACUGCAGAGCUUUCGUUUCUUUUUGAGAAUGAAACUAGAGUAGGAAAAAUCCCUUCAAAUUUUAUGGCAGACAGUUGUAAUGGACAAUUUGCAAAAGAAAGCUGUGCGUGUAAAGGCAGAAACUACAACAAGAAAAAAUAACACACACAAAAAUAUACAAUUAAUUUUUUAAUAAAUCUGAUACAAGUAGCUCUUAGUGGAAAUUCUAAAAAGAAAUAAAAGCGAUUACUAAAAAAGAAAUUAAAUAAGCUUUGAAAAAAAAGUCUUUAGUAAAGUAACUAAAACGGAAACUUAAAAAAAUCAAUAAAAUUAAAAAUAUAAGAAUUCCUAAUUGCUGCUCCCCCGCCUAGAAACUGGAGGCCUACACGCAAAGCAAACGGAAAAAAGAAUACUAUUUAAGGAUUAAGGAUAUAGCAGUGUAAACUAUAUUUUAUAAAAAAAAGAAGAAGGAGAAGAAAAAAUAAAAACGCACCAUGGCCAUGACAAACAAAUGCAUAAAUUAUGUUACAUCAAACUCCACAUCCUCGGCGGAGAAAAGUUGCGACAGUGAAAAUGUUCCUCAUCUGGCCAUCAGAGCUCCUGCGGCGUUGGUGGAGCACACGUAUAAAUCGAAGGCAAGCGAGACUGCAAAGUCGACGACGACGACAACGCCAACGCCAACAGAAUCAGGAACAGCGGAGAUGUUAACGUCCGAUUUGGCGAAUGGUGGCGCCCAAUCGUCGCCGGCGUCAACGACAUCAGACAUGGCCAUAUUAGAUGAGCGCCUGUCUAAGGAUGUUGAAAGUGUAUUCCCCAAGAAAAGACAAGAUGUCCUCAAAUGGUAUGGCUGGGGCUACAAUGACUCCGAGUUUUAUGUGGAGAACGACAUGAUAUGUUUUCGAGGAAAGAAAUACCCCCUCGACGGCACAGUCCUACCCCUGUUCACCGAAUGGGUGCUGAAUCGUUUCCAAUGUACCCUGCACAAUAAGCUACCGCUACCCGAACUACCCACAGAGUUUCCGAAGCCCACCGUCAAUGCUGAAUUUCUGCAAGAGCUUGCAACGUCUGGCAUAGCGCACAGCCUCGAGGGAAUGGAUCGACUGAUACGAUGCCAUGGCCAGACCCUCCAUGAUAUCUACUAUUUGUGCAGCAAUAAAUUCCAGCGGAUACCUGAUGUUGUGACCUGGCCCACAAGCCAUAGUAAGGUGGUGCGUCUGGUGGAAAUGGCCCAUCGCCAUAAUGUUGUGGUGCUGCCCUAUGGUGGAGGUACCUCGGUGUCGGGCGCCACCACCUGUCCCCAGGAGGAGAAACGGAUGAUGUGUUGUCUGGAUACGUCGCAAAUGAAUCGCAUGGUUUGGCUGAAUAAAUCCAAUAUGACGGUGUGCUUUGAGGCUGGCAUUGUGGGCCAGGAUUUGGAGAGAACUUUGCGGAGUCAAGGUCUAACGGUGGGCCAUGAGCCGGACAGCUAUGAAUUUUCCACUUUGGGUGGUUGGGUGGCCACACGUGCCUCGGGCAUGAAGAAAAAUGUCUACGGGAACAUUGAAGAUCUGGUUGUCCAUGUGAAAAUGGUCACAGCCAAUGGUGUCCUUGAGCGGGAGUGCACUGCGCCCCGGGUGUCAUGUGGUCCGGACUUUAAUCACAUAAUUAUGGGUUCCGAGGGCACCUUGGGUGUCAUCACGGAGGUGGUCCUCAAGGUGAGACCCCUGCCGGCGGUGCGACGUUACAACAGUUUGGUGUUCCCUGAUUUUGAGAGCGGUGUCCAGUUUAUGCGUGAAGUGGCCUUGCGAAGAUGUCAACCUUCGUCGGUGCGUCUGAUGGACAAUGAACAGUUCAUAAUGGGCCAGAGCCUUAAGCCACCGAAAGGCUGGAAGGCCAGCAUUGUGGAUUAUGUGAAAAAGUUCUAUGUGACGAGCAUUAAGGGCAUCGAUUUGAGUAGCAUCUGUGCGGCCACACUGCUCUUUGAGGGGGAAUUGGAAGAUGUCAAUCGGCAGGAGGAGUUGGUAAUUGGAAUCGCUAAGAAAUACAAGGGAUUUGCGGCGGGUGGAGAGAAUGGGGAGCGUGGUUAUAUUAUGACUUUUGUCAUUGCCUAUAUGAGGGAUCUGGGUUUGAGGCACGAUAUCAUAGCGGAGUCCUUCGAAACUUCGGUACCUUGGGAUCGUUGUGCCAGGCUGUGUCGGAAUGUAAAGCAACGUGUGUCCUUGGAAUGUCAUGCCCGCAGCGUCCAUCACUACAGUAUAUCGUGCCGGGUGACGCAAACCUAUGAUGCUGGAGCCUGUGUCUACUUCUACUUCGCUUUCAACAUGAAAGGUUUUGAGCAUCCGGUGGAAUUAUUUGAAUACAUUGAGUCGGCGGCUCGUGAUGAGAUAUUGAAAUGUGGUGGCUCACUGUCACAUCAUCACGGGGUGGGAAAAAUACGAUCACGGUGGUAUGAACACACGAUCACGAAGACAGGGACGGAGGUGUACAAGGCCACCAAAGAGCGUUUGGAUCCUAAGAAUAUUUUUGCAACGGGUAAUUUGCUGCCGGCACACAGUGACGAGGACAAGGACAAACCAUCAGAGGAACUGACAUCACAUUCAAAAGCAGCGGCGGUGGCGUCAUUGACGAACCUGACAAAUAUUAAAUUUAAGUCGAAACUUUAAUUUUUCGAGGUUUUUGUGUUUUUUUCUUUCGAUUUUCUGCAUUUUCCAAUUUUCUUUUCUUGGAAAAUAUCCUCGCUUAUUGAAAAGUCAAAAAAGAAUUACAACCAAAUUUCCUUAGCUUAAUUACAUUUUCCACAAUAGAUAUGAUUAAAUUCCAUGAUUUGUUUAGUUUAAAGCAAUUUUUUAAAACAUGUAGAGCAUACUUUUAGGCUAAUGCUAUGAAGUCAAAGUAAUUUUUUGUUGUUAACAUUUGUUGAACGUUUACUUUGUGUUUCGUUUUUUUGGGGGUUGUGUUUUUGUUUGUUUUGCGUAUUUUCUUAGGUUGUAACAUAAUUGUUUUGUUGUAUUUUUUGUAAUUUUUUA